AUGAUCGUGUCCCCAGCACCAACAGUUUGCAGCCCCAGUCCCUUAGCCCCCCGCAAAUCCAGUCCCCAGCCCCCAGCAGCCUACCCCGCCAGCCCCCAGUCCCCACCCCAAAGCAUCCCAGCACCCAGCACCCCAGCACCUCGGUACUCGAGCCCCAGCCCCCUAGCACCCCACUCCUUUCUCAGCCCCAAGCCAGCCAACACCCCAGCCCUCUCUCAGCCCCCAGCCCAGUCUCAGCCGGGCUUCUCAACCCACCCCGGCUCAUUUUUCACGUGCCGGGCCGCCGCCAAUACACCGUGUCAAUUCCUGAUUGACUUCAACCCUCGCCCGCAGGCUCUGGUGGCCGCGGCUGGGCGAGGGAGAGACUUGGGGCUUAAGUGGGCGGAUAUAGCGUCCCGCUGA